AUGAAGACGAUGGGGAUCCAGGCUUCCUGUAGGAAAGGUCUGCAGGUGUGUUUACUCCUGCUGCUGGUGGGACGACUGCAGGGCAGGGUCACAGCACCAGAGCGUCUGGAGGCUCCGGUGGAGAAGCCCUUCACUCUGACCUGCAGUGUCUCCAGGGAGCGGGGGGAAUCCCUGAGGCAGGUGCGUUGGCUGGACGUCCAGAACCAGACCCUGCUGAGCUACGAGCCCGGCCAGAGAGACAGUGUGAGUGGACAGCAGCACGUGGAGCUCGCCUCCUCCCCGAAGGACACCUCGGCCAUCACCAUCCGCAGGGUGGGCUUCCGCGACGAAGGCUGCUACACCUGCAUCUUUGACAUGCAUCCCUCGGGUUCAAAGCAGGGUCAGACCUGCCUCACUGUCACCUCACAAGUCACCGUCGACGGCAACAAGACGGCGGUGAGCGGCAAGAAGGCGUCCCUCUCCUGCUCCUACGGUUUGCCUGAGAAGGUGCAGCUGAUCUCGUGGAGAUACACUCCUGCACAUGGAGAGUCCGCAGAGGUGGCUUCCUUUGCAAAGCGCAGCGACCCCAUGAUUGAGCCGCCGUACCAGGGGAGGGUCUGGCUCAGUGCCUCGCUGUCCGACAGCCAGCUCACCAUCCAGCCCGUCUCCAUCCAGGACGAGGGCUGCUACACCUGCCUGUACAACACAGAUCCUGACAAACCAAAGAGCUCCACAGUUUGCCUGUCCACCUAUGUGCUACCCAAACCCCAGGUGAGCUACAAGACCACCUCUCCAGGUGUGAUCGAGGCCAACUGCACCUGCGUGUCACGUCCCCCGGCAGAGAUCGUGUGGAAUGUGGAGCGAGAUAACCGCACCAUGGGCCCCCCGGUGGCCACGCAGUUUCCGCGGGCCGACGGGACCACUCUGGUCAUCAGUACGCUGACUGUGAAGUCAGGGCUGCUGAAGGACGUGUCCGUCAAGUGCCUGGUGCACCACAAAGGCCUGGAGUCGCCGAUCGCUGUUUCCAUGAACACUAAAAUUGGAACAGCUCUCACCAUCCUGAUCUCAGUCACCACAGUAGCAGCUCUGUUGGUCAUGUCCCUCUGCUUCUGCCUUUGGAAGUGUUUCCUGCGCAAAGAAGGUGAGUGA